UUUGUUGUUAAUUGAUUGAGUUUGUGUGGUUGUGGUUUGAGAGUAUUGUGAUGUUGGUAAAGCUGGUGAAGAACAAUGCCUACUUCAAGAGGUACCAGGUCAAGUUCAGGAGGAGGCGGGAGGGCAAGACUGACUACUAUGCGAGGAAGCGACUGGUCACCCAGGCCAAAAACAAGUACAACACUCCCAAGUACCGAGUGGUGUCCAGAGUGACCAACAAAGACGUCAUCGCACAACUGGUCUACUCCACAAUCACCGGAGACAAGGUGGUGGUUGCAGCCUAUGCACAUGAGUUGCCCAGCUAUGGUCUGCCGGUGGGUCUGACGAACUAUGCGGCAUGUUAUUGUGUGGGACUCCUCUUGGCCAGGAGGACACUGAGGCACUACAAGUUGGAUGACAUCUACGAGGGACAGGCAGAGAUAGACGGCGAGCAGUUCGAGGUGGAGCCGGUGCCAGGCCAGAGGGGUCCGUUCCGUUGCUAUCUGGACACUGGACUGGCCAGGACCUCCAAGGGGGCCAGGAUAUUCGGGGUGCUCAAGGGCGCAGUGGACGGGGGCAUGGCAAUACCUCACAAGUACAAGCGAUUCCCAGGCUACACUCCUGCAGAGGGGGAGGAUGAGGAGAACUAUGAUGCAGCCGAACACAGACGGUACAUCUUCGGACAACACGUGGCAGACUACAUGCGCUCUCUGAUGGAGGAAGAUGAUGACGUCUACAAGCGACAGUUCUCCCGAUUCAUCAAGAACGGAAUCACUCCCGACAACAUGGAGGCACUCUACAGUAAAGUACACGCGGCCAUCAGAGCCAACCCCGAACACAAGAAGGCGGAGAAGGCAGCCUUCAAGCCGGGCAAGAGAUUCAACGCCAAGAAACUCACCUACCAGGAGAGGUUCGCAAAGAGACCUCGACUGGAGGACCUGCAGGAGAGUUAGACUCCUCCUCACCUCUUCUGCAAAAGAGGGCCAAGAGAACUUAUUUCGUGCAAACAUUGAACUGCCUAUGUUUUUGAUUUCAUUGUUGAUUUAUAAGGGAUCAAUUAUGACAUAAACGCAUGUUUCGUGUUUCACUUGAAUUGACUUCUCAAGGCGA